UAAUACAGCAUUGAAGCUAAUACUGGCUGAGAGAAUAUUCGUGAUGUUUAUGUGUUGUGCAAAGAAAAGUGGGAGAGAACGACUUUGUCCGUGACGUCAGGUUGAUCACAGCUCCCUGACUCAAGAUAUCCGUGAUCUUCCAGGAGAAUAUCCAGCAUAACCCAGUGGCAAGCAUCACGGCAAUCACGGAUUAUCUAUAACCGUGUGAGAAUCGUACAUUUAUGGAUAGAGACAGUAUUAACUAGGCGAUUGGAAAACUGGAGAUUGUUCAACUCUUGGAUGAUGACUGAGAUGGAGCAAUUAGUGUACCGGUACACGGAUCACUGGAAUGAUAGUAACAGUAAAAUUUCGAACAAUUUCGAGACGGGCAACGACUCUGUUCUUUUGAAUACUUCGGUACUCUAUUUCUUCGGAGGAUAUGUAGUGGUUGCAGCACUCAUUGGUACAGUGGGGAAUCUGAUGGUCAUCCUGGCUUUCUUUAAAUUCAAGAGGUUACAUAACAACUGCAAUAUUCUACUCGUCAACCUUGCAAUAGCAGAUGAACUGAUGGGGUUAGCAGGGAUGCCUAUGUCUACUAUAGCUUUCUAUAUGAAAACGUGGCCCUUCGGAGACAUCGGAUGUCAGAUCUACGGAUUCUUAUGCUUUUUAUUUGGUGCUGCCUCCAUGACAACGGUGUGUCUGCUUAGUAUUGAGAGGUACUACAGGUUGACCAAGGUAACGCAGUUUAAAGCAAAACACUGUGUGAUGCAGGUGGCGUUUAUAUGGUCCUACGCAUUCUUUUGGUCAGUAUGUCCGUUACUGGGGUGGAGCAGAUAUGAAUUUGAACCAUAUCAGCUUUCGUGUACAUUAGAUUGGUACAAUACGACUCCAGAGACGUUCUCGUUCGUUUUCUGUGCCUGUACUUUCGUGUUCUUCAUUCCGGUUGCUGUCAUGACAACAUUCUAUGUAAAACUAGUUGCUGUGAUUCGAGAAAAGCGGAGAGGUUUGGCCCGAUGGGCCAAUAAUGAUGAUGGCAAGAGAGAACAGCAAUUAACUGUGAUGACUGCUAUGCUGGUGGUGUGUUUCAUCGUGAUCUGGUCGCCGUAUGCCAUUCUUUCCUUCAUGGCCGCCUUCGGUGCUUUCACAUAUUCGUCACUGGAACUAUCAAUCGUGGCGCCAGUUCUUGCGAAAUCCGGAAUUUGCAUCAACCCCAUCAUCUACGGCUGCACUCAUCACCACUUCCGUCGAGCAUUUAGAGAAAUGUUAUGUGGAAAAACCGCCCCACGACAAGAUUCGUCAUUACAAAUGACAAAUCUGUAGCGCCAAAGUCCAAAAUGCUCUAUAUUAUCUUUUUAUACGGUCAAUUGAUAUUUGGAAUGAAACACCGUGCACAAGCAUGCUCUGCAGUAGUCGCAGCAAAUAAACCUGGUCUUUUCGUCAUCAGCGCAAAGCCUGGGAUUCUUAGAGCCGAAUUGACUACGAAUUCAGUGAUUGAGGGAAGAAACGAUUAUUUGUCAAUGACCUGAAAAUAAGACUAACAUUGUAGUUUUAUCUAUUCAACCAUGCCUUCUUUGAUAUCACCAGUUAACCUGCAACGAUAUGUAUCAAAUCAUAGAUGUACGUCGUAUUUACCGAUUCAUCUUUUCAAACUUGAGGUGCAAUGUAAUGAGGGAACAGUAACGCCAAUAAACUACAAAUUAGGCAAAUUUCAAAAUAGGCUCGGUAAAAAACGGGUACGAUUAGUCUCAGCGUGAUGUCUGGUUCGGGGUUUGUUUCGGUUCGAAGUCCAAUGCGGAGUGUGUGGCGGACGGAGUGCUUGCGAGAGUGUAUAUGCUGAUUUAUUGAUUUUGUUUGGUAUGAGAGAGAAUGCUUUGAGGCCAGUGAUGAACUCAGUUUCUGGAUAAUUAUACCCGACCAGAAUCAUUAAACUGAAAAUGAAUCUACAUCUUUGUCAAUAUUAACAUGUAAAUGUAUGUGUCGAUUUUGUUGAAGUUGCACUUGUAAAUCUUUGCGCGGUACUGGAGUUGUGUGCACCUCUUAAUUAAUCACUGCUCGAAUAGUUCAGUAUAUCCGA